AUGUCGUUCCCCGAUUCACCUGCAAAAGCUUCGUUAUGCUGCGAAGAAACUCUGGAGAAUGCACCACCAACUUAUGCCAUGUACGAAGCUUUAAAAGAUUCUUGCCAAAACAACGCUACGUAUUUUCAACCAGACGACAGUGAAAACGGCCAAAGACUAUACCAAGGAUUCAUGACUCUUAUUGAUCACAUUGAUACUGUAUGGCCACUUGUAGAUCAUGUGAGAAAGGUGGCACCACUAUAUGAUUUUGAUGCAAAGUCGCCAGGCAAUGGAUAUCGAAGCUUUGUAUCAGUUGUAGAUUCUUGUGUUCUACAUGGUCUUAAGCUCAGUAGACAAGUGUGCUCUGGAAGGGAUGCUCUGCUUUUUCGUAAAGGCUACUUUGUAAAGGAAAUAGAGUCUUGCGGGCAACUACUCGCAUCUCUUGGGACUUGUCUUCAUCAUCUGCAAACUUUAUUGUCGUGGGCGCCGCCUGGCGACCUGUUCCCCACUGAGCAGCAUUCACCAGAAGAGCUAUUCUCGCAGGCCGACACCAUCAAUCAGUAUUGCUUCUACGGAAGAUGUCUUGGGUUUCAGUUCACGCCGUCGAUGCGGGGCAUACUGAAGGGCAUUUCUAUAUGCAUGGCCGGCUUCUCCGAGGCUUACUACAGCCACGGGAACCUGAUCAGCUCGGUGUGGACGGGCGGCCAGUACCUCAUCGACCCCGAGAUGAGGGCGCGCCGGAUCGUGAACAUAUCGCAGUCGGCGAGCGUUGAGUUCUGCAAGGCGUUCUGGUUCCUGGCCGAGAGCGAAAUAAUGAAACGUGUGCCCAGUCUAAUGUCGUCGACCGUUGCCGUCAACAAGUUGAUUACGAUACCACCGGAGCCGAUAACGGUCACCACUUUGGACGGCAAGGAGACCACCGUGCCGCCGCCCACCGACUACGUCGGCCUCCAAGGACUCAACGUCAGACUGAUCAGCGUCAACAAAAGGGCCGGUAUGACCGGCGAGGGCGGCUCCAGCCCGCCGGCGGAGGGCGUACUGUUCCACUGCCACGGCGGCGGGUUCGUGGCGCAGAGCUCCAAGUCGCACGAGACGUACCUGCGCGAGUGGGCGGCCGAGCUGGACGUGCCCAUCCUCUCCGUGGACUACAGCCUGGCCCCGCAGGCGCCCUUCCCCAGGGCCCUCGAGGAGGUGUUCUUCGCCUACUGCUGGAUGGUGGGCAACUUCGCGCAGAUCGGCACCACCGGGAAACGUAUAGUGUUCGCCGGCGACUCGGCUGGCGCUAACCUGAUAGCCGGAUGCACCCUCAAGAUCCUCUCGGCUGGUCUCCGACCCCCCGAGGGUCUAUUCAUGGCCUACGCCCCGCUAUUGGUCAGCUUCAUACCCAGCCCCGCCAGACUGCUCUGCCUGAUGGAUCCUCUCCUACCCUUCGGAUUUAUGAUGCGAUGUCUCAAAGCGUACGCGAGCCCAAGUUCAACGGGAAAAGGCAAGUCUGACGGUCGCCCUAACAAAGAGCCGACGACGGUCUCAAACGCCACUACUCCGCUAGACAGCAACGGUUUCCUCAAAGUGAGCCCGUCCCAAGAGGGUGGGAGUGAGGGCCCGUCGUCAUUCGAGGAGGUGUCCCCAUCGGACCUGGCGGAGCUGCAGGCGCACAAGUCCGGCAGCGAGCGGCGCCAGUCAUCGGACACAACCAUCAGCGCCGCUUCGCUGCAGAGCGAGCACACCGCCACAGGUGUAACACCUACAGAAGACAAAUCCCAGCAAUAUGUGUCCGAGUUUCUUGAACGAUAUGUAUUGGACAGCGAUACGGACUCCGAAGGGCGACGUUUUCCCAUUAUCAAACCUAACAAGCAAACAGAUUCGACCAGGGAUUUGGAGUCUGAGGCGUCUAGCACAUUGAUCGGAGAGCCGCCGUUGGUAGACGAACAGGACACCAAAGAUAGCAAAAAAAGAAUAAAGACUAGGAUAAGUGAAGCUGCCACUGGCAUAAUGGGAGCUAUGUCGUCACGAUUCGCCUAUAUUACUGGAUCGAAUUCAAUAAAUAGGCCUACACAAGAGGAAUUGGCGGUACGUACGAAUUUGGACGCGCUGAUCGCCCGCAGCCCCUCCGACGAGUUCAUCUUCUCGGUGCCACGAGAUCCCCUCCUGUCUCCGUAUUGGGCUGACGAGGAACUGCUCAAGAGGUUCCCCCCAGUCAGGAUACUAACCGUACACCUAGAUCCAUGUCUGGACGACUGCGUUAUGUUCGCGAAGAAGUUAAAGAAACUUGGCAACGAGGUUGGAAUUGAUGUGUUGGAAGGUUUGCCGCAUGGAUUUUUAAAUUUCUCCCUGAUGGCCAAAGAAGCGCACGAGGGUUCGAAGCUUUGCGUAAAGCGCAUUAAACAGCUGCUCGACUUAGAAAACGAUGCGUCCUCAUCGAAUGGGGAGGAACAGUUA